GCGGGUAUCAGCUUUUCCAUAUGGCGUGUGCUGUGUGCGCUGCUCCCCAAAAAUUUAGCCAGCAUCGUGCCACUGACUCACCGACAACAUCUUUGGCCAGACGGAACAAAGAAGAGAGGCCGAGCUUUUGUUAAUUUGGGUAGAUUUGGUACUAGACAGUCGAGUACUCAUCUCCAUUUUUGUACCACCACUAAGACCGCAACAUAAUGGACGGAAACACGUUUGGAAAGGGCUUCACAGUCACCACCUGGGGCGAGUCCCACGGAAAGUCGGUCGGAUGCACAAUUGGAAAUGUUCCUGCUCAGCUGAGAAUCACCGAGGCCGAUGUCCAGCCACAAUUGACCCGCCGCCGUCCCGGCCAGAGCGCCAUCACAACCCCCCGCGACGAGAAGGACAGAGUUGAAAUCCAGUCUGGUGUUCAAAAUGGCCUCUCCCUCGGUCUCCCCAUGAUGAUGGUGGUCAAGAACGAGGAUCAGCGCCCCAAGGACUACGGAAACAAGACCAUGGACAUGUACCCCAGACCCAGCCAUGCCGACUUCACCACCCAGGCGAAAUACGGAAUCAAGUCGGAAAGUGGAGGUGGCAGAAGCAGUGCCCGCGAGACCAUCGCCCGUGUCGCUGCCGGCGCUGUUGCCGAGAAGUACAUGAUGGACGCCUUCGGCAUCGAGAUCGUCGCGUUCACCAGCUCCAUCGGCGGCAUCGACCUCUUUCCCCCUACCCCUGAGCACCCAACCCCCGUCACCGACCCCAAGUUCCACGAGUUCCUCGACAACAUCUCCCGCGAGACCGUCGACAAGUUCCUCCCCGUCCGCUGCCCCGACCAGGCCAUCUCCGACAAGAUGGUCCAGUUGAUCACCGAAUUCAAGGACCGCAACGACAGCAUCGGCGGCACCGUCACCUGCGUCGUCCGCAACGUCCCCGUCGGUCUCGGCGAGCCUGCCUUCGACAAGCUCGAGGCCAUGCUCGCCCACGCUAUGCUCAGCAUUCCCGCCACCAAGAGCUUCGAGAUCGGAUCCGGCCUCACAGCCUGCACCACCCCGGGCUCCAUCCACAACGACCCCUUCGUCUCUACCAAGGGCAGAGAGGUCCCACCAUCAGUCGCCAAGAGCGGCGCCUACCUCAAGGGAUUCACCCGUCCCAAGCUCACCACCAAGACCAACUUCUCCGGUGGCAUCCAGGGUGGCAUCACCAACGGUGCUCCUAUUUACUUCAAGGUCGGCUUCAAGCCCCCUGCCACCAUUGGCCAGGACCAGCUCACUGCAACCUACGACGGCGAGUCAGAGGGUGUUUUGGCCGCCAAGGGGAGACACGACCCCUGCGUCGUGCCCCGUGCUAUUCCCAUUGUUGAGGCCAUGGCUGCUAUCACCGUGAUGGAUGCGCUCGUCAGACAUUUCGGUCCCAAGACUCUGAGCCAGUACCUCCCUUACUACAGGGAACCAAAUGAGAAGGGCGAGGCGCAGGUUGCGGCACCGGAUGAUCAGCUUUAAGGGUUGAUUGGGAGAUCAAGGAGAAAUAGAUGUGGUUAAAGAGAGGAGGAUAUGGGGCGAUGAAAUAAAGAUUUUUAAGAAUUCGAAAUGUACAUGCAAGCGUUGUUAUGAUUAGAGCAAGAUUGGGGUGGGCAAAAAGGCGAGGCAGACAAAAGAGACAGUAGGCAGCGCGGGCGCGGAAAAGCAAAUGGUUGUUUUUUCGUUGGUUGUGGUCUAAAAAAGAAUUGGUUAUGAUGAUAUCAUGCAGUUUUGUUAUUUCUGAUCCGUGUCUGUUCAAGCCAU